UUUGCUUGCUGUUUGCUCUAUACUCUCUUGGCUUCUACACUAUUUGAUCACAACACGAACCCUCUAAAACCCACCAACCAUGUCUACAGAUGAGAAACCCCAGGACCUGGACACUAGCUCCCCGACUAGAGAAGAGCCGGAACACCAGGAACCAGAACAGCAAGAGCCCGAGCGUCAGGAACCCGAGCGCCAGCAGUCUGAGCGUCAGGAACCACAACGUCAGCAGUCCGAGCGUCAGGAGCCAGAGCCUCAACAGCAACAGCAACAGCAACAGCAACAGGAGGACAACGAGGAUGAGGAUGCCGGCGACAACUCCGACAACGCAUCGGAGCAGGAGCAGCAGCAAAACGGUCAGCAGCAAAAGGGCAAAGUAGGCGAGCUCAGCGAAGACAACUCCGACGACCAGGAGUCCAACGAACCCAAGACACCCCCUCAGCAAGAACGCCGCCGCCGAACAAGCGGCAGCCGCGAAAAGGCCCAGACCGAGACAAAGACCCAGUCUCGCCGGAGGAGAAGGGCCCCCUUCCAGCGCCAGGUAGAAGACCAGUAUGACGAGAGAGACCAGGAAAUGGUGCCGCACCAGCAGCGCGACCAGCAGCAGCAACAGAUGUAUCAGCCGCACCAGCAGCAGCAGAUGUAUCAACAGCAACAGAUGCAGCAGCAGCAGAUGCAGCAGCAACAAAUGCAGCCGCAGAAGAAGGAUGACGGGAAGAACCCGCUCAAGCUGCGGCUCGACCUAAAUCUAGAUAUCCAGAUUGAGUUGAAGGCAAAGAUCCACGGAGACUUGACACUGGCUUUACUUGAUAUGGACUAAGUGAUUGGAUUGCGACGAAUUUGAUAUGAUAUGGCGGCGUGUUUCUUUUAGUUGAAAUCAUACCACACCUUUGGUGAG